AUGUGCUACUGCUCUGGGCUCCUGUCUACUCAAGCAUUCAAAAAUGUACCAGUGCUAUCGUCUUUCUCGACCCCCUGCAAGGGACAUCUAACCGAGCCUUGCAUAUGUGCAUCUGCCUUCAGCGUGACUCCUCAGCGUGUAUCUCCGUAUUCCCUCUCCCUCCUCGUUCUUCACGGAAUGGUCGUAGCAAAGGGCUUCUUUCUGUUUUCCGCCCUCCUGCUAACCCAACCAGCAGCAGCAGCGCCUCAAGCUCAUGACCAUGGCUGCCCUGAUGUUGACGAGCAGCAGCUUGAGCGUCGAAUCGUCGUUUCGUCGACGAGCAGUCAUGCCUCCCCAACCACUAGCUCCCCAUUCAUUAUCCCGAUCCUGACAAUGAUGACCAUCAGAGCGGCCCCCAUCCGUGUUUCGAAGCAGAUGCAAUACGUGACGUCCUACAGCCCUAUCCCGUGA